AUGGCCAAUAUUGGUGAAAAUGGUGAAAACGUGAGUGAUGAUAUCCAACAAAAUAAUAUUUUGGAAGUGUUCAACAAUGGUUAUUUUGAGAAUAAUCAAAAUAUAGUUGUAGCAGGGGAUGAAGUUCCUAUUGUGGGAUUACAAGAAGCUCCUGGGUAUGAAAUUGAGGUUAAUUAUAACCAGUUUGGGGCAAAUCCUCCUCCUGAAAUGAAUCCAGUGAUGGCCAAUAUAGGUGGAAAUGGUGAAAACAUGAGUGAUGAUAUCCAACAAAAUAAUAUUUUGGAAGUGUUCAACAAUGGCUAUUUUGAGAAUAUUCAAAAUAUAAUUGUAGCAGGGGAUGAAGUUCCUAUGGUGGGAUUAGAAGAAGCUCCUGGGUAUGAAAUUGAGGUUAAUUAUAACCAUUUUGGGGCAAAUCCUCCUCCUGAAAUGAAUCCGGUGGAGGAUUAUUUUGCACAAAGUAAUGAAAAUUCUGGCUCCCCUUUAUUGUAUAAUCCUCCAUCCCCACAAAAUUCACCGGGUUCAGAAUCAUCGACGAAUGCUAAACUCGAUCAUAUGAACCGAGCAAGUGAUCUUCUUAUGGCGGUCUCGAUAGGAGCUGAUCUGAACAAGAACAAAAUCAUCGAACAAGCUGUGGAAGCCAUGGAAGAGCUGUUUAAGUUGGCAAUAAUGGGUGAACCACUAUGGCAACACAAUGGAAACGAUGGAAUGGAGACUCUAAAUGGGUUUCAAUACUUGAGGGAAUUCGGUAGCUUUGAUGCAACAAUGGAACAGAUAAUGAGGAUGGUUGAAGUUGGUGAACCCCAAUGUUUCCUAAGCUAUGACUGCAACUGUAACUUUGAUCAAGAUGUCCCCUCAUCCUUUUCGAAACUCAAUUUCGAGCCUUUGAAUAUCGAAACUUCUCGAGAGACCGCAUUUGUUGAGAUGAACCCUAUGAACAUCCUCCAAUUGCUCAUGGAUACGAAACAAUGGGGGACAACAUUUUACAGCAUUGUCUCGAGGACAACAUUGUUAGGAGUUAUAUUAGAAAACGUUGACGGGAGCUACAAUGGGGUUCUUCAAGUGAUGUCAGCAGAGUUUCAUCAGUGUACACCGUUAAUACCAGCAAGACAAAGCUACUUCGCAAGGUACUGUAAAAAGCACACAAAUGGAACAUGGGGAGUGGUUGAUGUUUCCUUGGAGAAUUUAUUCCCGUAUCCACAAGUACAGUUUCGAAGAAGGCCAUCAGGUUGUGUAAUCCAAGAAGUAGGCAAUAGAGGGUCAAAGGUAACAUGGAUUGAACAUGUUGAAGUUGAUAACAAAUCACUUCACCCUCUCUUUCGUCCCAUUGUUAGCUCAGGUUUUGCAUUUAGUGCCAAACGAUGGAUUGCAACCAUCAACAGGCAUUGCCAAUGGCUCACAACUUCAAUGGCUAGAACCGCUCCUACAACUGAUGGGGUUUUAAUACCACAAGAAGGGAGGGGGAGUCUGCUGAAACUGGCAGAAAAGAUGACUAAGAAUUUUUUCAACAAUAUUAAUUCAUGUUCUGAGAAUGUAUGGUCGGGGUUACCUCAAAACUUUGCUGCUCAAGAUGUUAGGUUGAGAUACGGAAAUAUAUUAAAGGUUCCUGGGAAGCCUUCUGGUAACAUUGUAAUCUUCACUACUUCAAUUCAAAUUCCGGUUCCGAUGGAGGUUCUGUUCGAUUUUCUUCGUCAUGAACGUACAAGAAACAGGUGGGAUUUGCUUUCAAACCAACGACAUGUCCGAGAACUUGUGUAUGUCAGUAAUGGUGAAAAUCCUGGAAAUCGAGUUUCCAUUAUGCAAGUGAAUUCAUCACCGAACAAGAUCGAGAUACUAUAUCUCCAAGAAAGCUACACCGAUGAAACUGGCUCGUACAUAGUGUACGCGCCGAUGGAUAUCAUGGCCAUGUCAAAAAUCUUGAAUGGUGGUAACCCAAAAUUUGUAUCUAUUUUGCCAUCAGGGUUCAGCAUUAUGCCUGAUAAGGCACCUGGGCAAGGAGAUGGAGCCGGGGGAAGUAUCUUAACCCUAGCGUUUCAAAGCGUCGACAGAUUAAGCAACAAGGAAUAUAUGCGUCCGUCGACGCUCAAAAUCAUUGAUGCUAUCUUAUCAACAACCGUUGCUUCAAUCAAGGAUGCUAUGCUAUUUGGCAUAAGGUGAUGCCAUUGCUAAGUCUUGAGCUUUUCUUUUUGUUGGCAUGUUGCUGCAGGUACUGGUGGAUUUAUAUUUGCUUUAUGAGUUACAGGUAUUAAUGGCUUCUUUUGAAGUUGUUGAGAAUGUAAGUUAUGUAAACCAAGGAGUUCAAACUGUAGCUUUCUUAAAGGAAUGUUUUAGAAGAGCUUUUGAUAGGACUCUUUGUUGAGCAAUGGGCUCAUAGAAACCAAUCCACAGUUUUAGACUUCUUUAUUAUGUUGUUGUUAAUUGUUCAAGAAUUUAAGACGAAGUUGAGAGUUUU